AUGAUAAAAGAAAAAGUUAUUUUAAGAAGUGAAGUUUAUCAUGUUUAUUCAUCUGAACAACAGGAAAGAAUGAAAGUGUAUUUCGAUUUAUCAGAAAGUAAUGAUCAUAUCGCUUUUAAUUUGUAGAGUAUCAAAAAUGCUUGGAACCUUGUUAAAAGUUAGUGGAUGGUGAGGUUUGCAAAUAAAAUUGUGAGAAGGUGUUUGAGGAUUACACGAAAUUGCUUUAGCAUCGUUAUGAGGGAGAUAAGAAACAAUUAAUUGAUGCAAAGGUAUAUUUUAUUCUUAUGCAAUACUCAGGUUUCUGGAUUACCCACUUUUGAUAGUUUCAAAAGAAAGGACAGGGGCUUCUUUUAUAAAGUGUUUGGGUUUAACUUCAGCGAAUUUUGGGAACCUGAUCAAAGACAAAUCAAGUAGAUCUGAAUAUGCAAAGAAAAAAUUUGUAUUAAAUAAAUA